AUGGACUACAAGGUGAUCACGAGUCGGUGCCAAGGUCCAGCGUUUCCGGCAGAAGAAUGUUGCUCGGCGUUUAAAGAGUUUGCAUGUCCUUACGUGAAUCAGAUCAACGACAUGAACAGUGAUUGUGCAAAGACAAUGUUCAGCUACUUGAACAUUUACGGAAACUAUCCUCCUGGUCUUUUCGCCAACGAGUGCAAAGAAACGAAAGUUGGACUUCUUUGCCAUUCUCCACCUCUCAGUUCCCCAAACGCUUCAAACGCUGAUUCGACCACUCCUCGUCUCAUCACAUUGUUGAUCUCUACUGUUCUAGCUUUUCUAGUGUUGGCUUUGAUGUAA